UUUCCCUUUUGCAGAUGAUUACGUUUCCCUUUGUCAGCCUUUUAACCAUAGGAUUUGCAGCUGAGUCACUUCUCUCUCCAUCCUCUACUGCUGUAGCAGUGUGUAAUGCAGUUAGAGAGUAAUUUUCUGUUUCAGAAAGUGGAGGUUGAUUUGUUCCUUUUCUGCUUGGCUUGUUUUAGGCCAUGUCUUGUGGCAAUGUGGAAGAAGUAAGAUGCCUUUCGAUGAGUCCUUAGGCAUAAAACUCAUCACAGAUCGACUGUUGACCGCGUGUUAGAUAAUUCAUUAAAGAGCGAGGAUGUUACGAUCCCUGCCUGAGGAGGAAGGCAUGCAAACAGGACACACGAUACGUGGUGUCAGCGGGCCUUCCCUCCAGCCCCGUUAACUCUUCAUGGAAGAAACACGUUUUGGAGAAGGAGUUGGCAGGAGAUGGCACAUCUGCUUGGGUGACAGAGAAGGAAGAGGUGGAAGAUAACACUGACAUCAUCAUGGAGGGGGCUCUGAUAGCCCGGGACAGAGUUGGGGUGCAGGACUUUGUGCUUCUGGACUCCCACACCAGUGAGGCUGCUUUCCUGAACAACCUCCGCAAGCGAUACCAAGAGAACCUCAUCUACACAUACAUUGGCACUCUUCUUGUAUCAGUUAACCCUUACAAAGAGCUGGAUAUCUACACAGUGACCCAGAUGCAGCUUUACCGAGGGGUAAACUUCUUUGAACUGCCACCACAUCUAUAUGCCAUAGCUGACAAUGCCUACCGGGUGAUGUGCAGCGAGUACAACAACCACUUCAUCCUCAUCUCUGGAGAGAGCGGGGCUGGGAAGACAGAGGCUUCCAAGAAGAUCUUGCAGUACUAUGCAGUCACCUGUCCGACUACAGAGCAGCUGCAGGUUGUCCGUGAUCGUCUGCUGCUCUCAAACCCUGUUCUGGAGGCUUUUGGAAACGCAAAAACUCUGCGGAACGACAACUCGAGUAGAUUUGGGAAAUACAUGGACAUCCAAUUUGAUUUUAAGGGAGCUCCAGUGGGAGGGCACAUCCUCAGUUACCUGAUUGAGAAAUCCCGAGUUGUCCAUCAAAACCAUGGAGAGAGGAAUUUCCACAUCUUCUACCAGUUAUUAGAGGGGGGAGAGAAGGAUCUUCUCUGCUGGCUUGGGCUGGAACGCAACCCUCAGAAGUAUGCUUAUCUCAUCCAGGGUCGAUGUGCCAAAGUGUUUUCUAUUAAUGACAAGAAUGACUGGAAAAUAGUCCGCAAAGCUUUUUCUAUCAUCGACUUCACUGAAAAAGAUUUGGAGCAUCUCUUUGGAAUAGUUGCUAGUGUCCUGCACCUUGGGAACAUUCAGUUUGAAGAAGAUAGCAAUGGACAUGCCAUCAUUCGCAACGGCGCUCAGAUCAAGUGGAUUUCAAAGCUCCUGGGUGUCCACUUGUCCAUUCUGCAGGAAGCCCUCACCCAUCGGAAGAUUGAAGCCCGCUCUGAGGAGGUCCUCAGCCCGUUGAAUGUUGAUCUGGCAUUCUAUGCUCGGGAUGCUGUAGCGAAGGCAAUUUACGGACGAACUUUCACUUGGCUGGUCAACAAAAUUAAUGGCUCCUUAGCCAACAAGGAUUCAACUCGUAAGACAGUCAUUGGCCUGCUGGAUAUCUAUGGCUUUGAAGUGCUGGACACAAACAGCUUUGAGCAGUUCUGCAUUAACUACUGCAAUGAGAAACUCCAGCAGCUGUUGAUUGAGAUGACCUUGAAGGCAGAGCAGGAGGAGUAUGAAAUGGAAGGAAUAGAGUGGGAACCAAUUCCAUAUUUUAACAACAAGAUCAUCUGUGACUUGGUUGAGCAGAAGCAUAAAGGAAUAAUUUCCAUUCUGGAUGAAGAGUGCUUACGACCCGGUGAAGCAACUGACUUGAGCUUCUUGGAAAAGCUGGAAGAGAAAGUAGGAGACCAUGCCCACUUUGUGACUCGCAAGCUUGCAGAUCAGAAAACACGAAAAUCCAUUGACUGGGUGGAUUUCCGCCUCCUUCACUACGCAGGGGAAGUCACGUACUGUGCGGUUGGAUUUCUGGAGAAGAACAAUGAUCUCCUGUACAGAAACCUGAAAGAGGUGCUGUGCAACUCUAAAAAUGGAAUCAUUAGAGACUGCUUUUUACUGUCAGAACUGGACAGCAGGAGGAGGCCAGAGACUGUCGCAACCCAGUUCAAAAACAGCUUAAUGAGUCUAAUAGAAAUCCUGAUGUCCAAAGAGCCUUCUUACGUCCGAUGCAUUAAACCAAAUGAGAACAAGGAGCCUGGGAAGUUUGAUGAUUGCCUGAUCCGACAUCAGGUGAAAUACCUGGGGCUGAUGGAGCACCUGCGUGUGAGACGGGCUGGCUUUGCCUAUCGGCGGAAGUAUGAGCACUUCUUGCAAAGAUAUAAAUCCCUAUGUCCUGCUACCUGGCCACACUGGCACGGGCCAGCAGCUGAAGGCGUGGAGAGGCUCAUCAAGCACAUUGGUUAUAAGCCUGAGGAAUACAAAUUGGGAAGAACCAAAAUAUUCAUUCGUUUCCCAAAGACUCUGUUUGCUACUGAAGAUGCAUUUGAAAUAAGAAAGCACCUGUUAGUUUCAAGACUACAAGCCAAAUAUAAAGGAUGCCUUGGGAAGAGAGACUACCAGAAGAAAAGAAAAGCAGCUAUCAAGCUGGAGGCUUGUUGGCGAGGUGCGCUGGCACGGAAGGAGGCCAAGAGGAGGACAUGGGCUGUUCAGAUCAUCAGGAAGUUCAUAAAGGGUUUCAUCAAUCGGAAGAAACCCCUGUGCCCAGAGAACAUAGAAUUUGUGCGGCUGGUGCAGUACAAAUACCUCAUGAAGCUCAGAGACCACGUUCCCAGGAACGUCUUGGACAAGAGCUGGCUCCAACCUCCUUCUAUCCUGGAAGAGACAUCUGAGAUGCUACAGAAAAUCUGCAUUAGGAACCUAGUACGGAAAUACUGCCGAGGUGUCACUCCUGAGAGGAAAGUGCAGUUACAGCAAAAAGCUGUCACGAGUGCCAUUUUCAGAGGGAAGAAGGAGGGCUACCAGCAGAGCAUAAACCUGCCCUUUGCAGACACGCGGCUGAAAGAGACCGAUAUAAACCCCAAAGUACUGCAGCUCAUCCAGGGCGAGAAGGUGAAGUAUGCGACCCCCGUGGUCAAAUACGACAGGAACGGCUUCAAAGCGCGGGAGCGCCUGCUGGUUCUGACCCAGGCCUCGGCGUACGUGGUGGAAAUGGCCAAGAUCAAGCAGAAAAUAGACUACGCCACUUUGAAAGGUAUUUCUACCAGUAACCUGGGUGAUGGGAUCGUGGUCAUCCAUGUUCCUGAGGACAAUAAACAAAAGGGAGACGUGAUACUUCAGUGUGAACACAUCUUUGAGACGAUCACUAAGCUCUGCAUGCUGGCCAACAAGCAGAACCUUGUUAAAGUCGUGCAGGGAAGCCUUCGGUUUCGCAUUGGCUCUGGGAAGGAGGGGACAAUGGUGUUCACUGUUGGGCCGGAGCCCCAUGUCUUUAAAGCCAAAGAUGGACAGCUCACAGUGGUGUCAAACCAGGCAAAGUCCUGACGAGAAGCAGUUCCAGUUUCUGGUCACUGGGAAUGGAAAGGAGCCUGCAGGUUGAGGCCAGCACCUGCAGCACCCCUGCAAUCUUUGAUGCCAUAGGGCUGCCGUGACUUGAGAGUUUGCUUGCAUCUUUUAGGCACUUUUUUUAUAGCUUAAAACUAUUCAGUUGUACCUAAAUAAAUUCAUCACCUUGCUGUAAUGCUCCAGGAUGCAUCGAUCCUUGUUCCGUGCUGUCAAAGGGCAAUGUUUAAGUAGCUGCUCAUGUAAAAGUCAGUCUCUGCACCCAGUAACCUAUAGCAGAGCUCUGCAGGAAGGAUUCAGAAGGAGACAACUUCCCCAUGCUGUGCUUUGAGCCACUGUACUAACCUGGAAAACUACGUGAAGUGCAGGUGAUUGAAGUUCAGCCUCUCAAGCAGCAUGCAGAGGUACAUUUAUAUGCUGUGAGGUUGGCAUAGAUGUUCCUGAGUUGGUGCAUUGUCUGGAAAUCCCAGUAAGCUGCUUCCUUGUCUACAGCCAUGGGGGCAGGACACCUUCAAGCAGUACUGUCCCUGCAGAGCAGCUAUGCAGUGCAGUGAGACUACAGAAGUGAUGGUGAAUGGGACAGGUGCCCACACUUGUGUUUUAAGAGGGACA